CCCCAAUAUCGCCGAAGUACGACGAUGAGCAUGCCAGGCUGCCUGUUCAUCAAGCGAUUUUUAUGGAAAGGAAGCCAGAGCACGGAAGUUGACGUGAACGGGGAAGCGGCAUGGCAUGGAAGGUUCAGCCGGAUGAUAGAUCAUUGGAAACCGCAUCAUUACCGACUAGGCGGCACAGAUGAUCGAGAGAAUUCACAAGGUCGAAUCAGAGUGAUCAAAUCCUGUGUAUCCACGCUUGUCGUACAAGUUUGCUACCACCAAGGCUUAGUUAUUGAUAAAACAUCUUACUGCACCCGAGAAACUCACCUCCCCUUCGCAAAUACCAACUCCAACUCCCAACCGAUGUUCGUCCGAAGUCGUGGUAGGUUCAUCGAUAUUGAUGAUUAUGAGCUCUCCAACUGGCUCCCAAAUCUCUGGAGUUGGUGCAGCGGAGGAAUUCUCAACUUGCAACAACUAUCCCUCAUAAUUUGCAACCAUAACCUGUUACCCAGAAGAUUCUCCGUCGCCCACACACUAGGUUCAUUCUUCGGACUUUUCAGAAGAAGACGUUGGAGACAUCGCGCGCGACUCGAUUACCGCAUCCACGACCAGUUCAGCCGUAUCUUGCACCAAGACCGCCGCCAUUCGUACAGAAGCGGUCUCGCAGGGAGUCUCCAUUACUUCAGCGCGCUAGCUGCUCUCGCCAACAUCUCCCAAAGCCAAUCACUCGCCUACAUACUCAUCUACGUCUUCUGGCGCAACCGCUUCACCAUCAUGUACGAAGAGCGAUCGAGAAAUCUCUACUGCUGGGCUGUCGCUAUCGAGCUGCUAAGGGGCCUCAUUCCCUCCUCCGAAGUUCACAGGUGCUACUCGUAUCUAGCACGCAAGCGCAAUGUCAUGCGGCAGUCAUACUACAACUCAGGUAUCAGCGACCCAAGAAUCGAUACAAUACUGGGCAUUUUAUUUCAAAUGAACGUGGGGAUGCCAGGAUGGCAUCGUGGUCGGGGGCUGCUGCAUAACGUGGGGCGGCCGAGGGUGCGAUCAACGCCCCUUGCCAUCGGUGGGCCGCUGGAUGAUUAUGACUACGAUGAUGGCUAUGACUUCGUGUCUCCUGUUGGAUUGAUUGAGGACUGGAAUGGGGGUAUCGAUCGACGUUUGGGCGGUGUGAGACAAGAUUUGGGGAUGGGCAUAGCUCCGGGCGUCCGCAUGAUCGGUUUUUGA